CUAGCCUCACAGGAGAAUCAGAUCAAGAAAAGCUAAAAUAUAUUCACACAUAUUUUUAUUAGCAAAAACUAUUCCUUCAUAAUAUACAUAGUAUAUGGCCAUCCGAGGUGCUUCUUCCAUUUCAACAACCUCAAAGCUUCUUCUUCAAAACUACAGAUUACUCAAGCCUCUCACCACUCUCACCUCCACCACCACUCCUCCCUCCACCAUCAUCUCACCGCAAACCUUCUCCGAAAAGCCCGCACCGACUUAUGACGCUUCUGGUUUUGGUUCGGGUUCGGGGUCAGGUUCAGGUUCACGGCUAACGUUCGAAAAUGGUCAGGAUCUUUUCGCGUCAGUUCCGACCGCAAAAUUGUUGAAGUCAACUCUGACUCUCAAAAUGGCGGCUGUGGAGCCUGUGGUGGAUUUAGGCACGUGGGUUAUUAAUUCCAAGUUGAUGAACGUGCGGGUGUUUAAGGAUUUGGUCAUGGGGUUUACCAAGCGUACAUUUUAUGAUCAUUUUGUCGCGGGGCGUAAUGUGGAUGAGGCUGGGGAGACUGUUAAGAUGUUGUGGGAUGAUGGGUUUCGAGGCAUGUUGGAUUAUGGUUUGGAACAUGUCGAUGAUAAUGAAUCUUGUGAUCGAAAUUCGGAUGCUUUUAUCAAGACGGCUGAUUCAACCAAGUCACUUCCUGCUACUUCUGUGAGUUCUGUUGUGGUGAAGAUCACAGCAAUUUGUCCAGUGAGUAUACUAAAGCGAGUUAGUGAUUUACUCAGAUGGGAAUACAAAACAAAGUCAAUCAAUCUUCCUUGGAAACAAAGCACUCUUCCAAUUUUCUCAGAAUCAAGCCCUUUGUAUCACACUCUCACAAGGCCAGAGCCAUUGACUCCACAAGAAGAACAAGAUUUCCAGCUAGCUCAGCAAAGACUCAAAAAUAUAAUUGACAAAUGUCUGGAAUCAAAUGUUCAGUUAGUGAUCGAUGCGGAGGACACGCAGAUUCAACCUGCCAUUGAUUACUUCACGCAUUCUGCUGCGGUCUUGUACAAUAAAGGCGACAAGCCACUCAUUUUUGGAACAAUUCAAGCUUAUUUGAAAGAUGCUAAAGAGAGGCUAGUAUUGGUGAAGGCUGCUGCAGACAGAAUGGGGGUGCCUUUGGGUGUGAAGUUAGUUAGAGGAGCCUAUAUGUCCAGCGAAGCACGAGUAGCUGCUUCUUUAGGCCACGAGUCUCCUAUUCAUGAUGGAAUCAAGCAGACACAUGAUUGUUAUAAUGAUUGUGCUUCUUUUAUGCUCGACGAAGUUGCUAAUGGCCCUGGUGCCCUUGUUCUUGCAACUCACAAUUUCGAAUCAGGGAGACUAGCGGCUAUGAAGGCACAAGAGCUAGGGAUCGGAAAGGGAAACCAGAAGGUUCAAUUUGCACAGCUGUAUGGAAUGGCAGAUGCAUUGAGUUAUGGUUUAAAAAAUGCAGGGCUUGAGGUGAGCAAGUAUUUGCCCUUCGGACCUGUGGACCAGAUCAUGCCUUACCUGUUGCGAAGAGCUGAAGAGAACAAAGGAAUGUUGUCUACAUCAGCCAUUGACAGACAACUGAUGAGUAUGGAGCUCAAAAGGAGACUCACAGCUGCAGUUCUGUGAGGAACAAGUGCUGGAUCAAGAGGAAAAAGAAUCCGACUUUGAGUUUUCUGUUAAAUUGCACCCAUGUAUUAAUAUUCUGCACCAUGAGGACAGUGCAAAUCUUUUAGGCUAGAUGGUUUCGAACUGAAGCAAAAGAUUUACAGCUACAUGUUAUCUUGUAUAGUUGCUUUUGGUCCUUGUGGUGUAAGGAGCAAAGAAGGGUGUAAUUUGAUCCGAGCAAUAAUGUAAUUAUAAAUAUUAUCUAAUUUUUGGUUUCUGUAAA